UUCGUCUGCCAAUGGAGCGGCUGCGACAAAGGCAGCUUUCCCACCGCCAACAAACUCGUGAGGCAUGUCCACAGCCACACCGGCUACAAGCCCUUCCCCUGCCCCAGCUGCACGCACGCCUUCGUCACCAAGGACCAACUCGACAAACACCUCACCACCCACACCGGCGCCAAGGAUUUCGUGUGCAACUGGCCCGGCUGCGGCCGAUCGUUUGCCGUCAAGCACGCCCUGGACGGUCACAUGAACAGCGUGCAUCUCAAGGCCAAGAAGCACAUCUGCCCCUACUGCACGCAGGCAUUCGACGACUCGUCGAACUUGUCGAAACACAAGAAGCAGGUCCACAACCCGGACACGGGAAUCAAGUGCCCC